AUGCCCUCUGCCAAACAGCCCACUCCCAAAGUCCUCGUGCCGGAAAAACUCUCGCCAGAUGGAUUGGCUCUCUUGCGUGCGUCGCUCGAAGUAGACGAGCGAAAGGGUCUCGAUGCGGAUGAGCUUCUUCAGAUCAUUCCCGAAUAUGACGCUUUGGUCGUCCGCUCCGAAACCAAAGUCACGGCCAGUCUCCUUCGAGCCGCCAAACAACUCAAGGUAGUUGCUAGAGCGGGAGUAGGAGUGGACAAUGUGGACGUCGAGGAAGCCACCAAGCUAGGCAUCGUCGUCGUCAACUCGCCGUCGGGCAACAUCGGGGCUGCCGCAGAACAUACCAUUGCCCUGCUGAUGGCCAUGGCGCGGAACAUCCCCGAGGCCUGCAGCAGUCUGAAGAGCGGCAAAUGGGAACGCAGCAAGUUUGUCGGAGUCGAGGUGAAGGGCAAGACGUUGUCGAUCAUCGGAUUGGGGAAAGUCGGGUUGACGGUCGCACGGCUGGCCAAAGGGCUAGGGAUGAACGUCAACGCGCUCGAUCCGUAUGCGUCUCCUGCCGUCGCAGCGUCCGCGUCCGUCACCCUGGUCUCGUCGCUGUCGGAGCUACUACCCACGGCCGACUUUCUCACCAUCCACACGCCGCUGAUCGCGUCAACCAAGGGGAUGAUCUCGACGGCCGAGCUCGCGCAGAUGAAACCCGGCUCUCGGAUCCUCAACGUCGCUCGCGGCGGCACCAUCGACGAAGCCGCCCUCCUUGAGGCCCUGGAGUCGAACCACCUGGCCGCCGCCGCCAUCGAUGUCUUCACGUCUGAACCUCCCCAGCCAGACUCGACGGCCGGUCGAUUGAUCGCCCAUCCCCGCGCGGUCGCCACCCCGCACCUCGGCGCCUCCACGGUCGAAGCUCAGGAAAAUGUCUCCAUCGACGUCUGCGAGCAGGUCCUCCAGAUCCUGAACGGCUCCCUCCCGCGGAGCGCAGUCAACGCGCCCCUCAUCCUGCCCGACGAAUACCGCAAGCUGCAGCCGUUUGUCCGGCUCGUCGAGAAAAUGGGUAGCCUGUACACGCAGCACUACGCCUCGGCCGUGGGCGGGUCGAUGACGCGCAACACAUUUGAUCUCAUCUACCACGGCGAGGUGGCGGGCAUCAGCAACACGCGACCGCUGUUCGCUGCGCUGAUCAAGGGCCUCCUGGCCCCGAUCAGCAGCUCUGAGGGCAUCAACAUCAACAUCGUCAAUGCGGAGCUGGUCGCGCGCGAACGCGGCAUCUUCGUCAACGAGCAGCACUCGCGCGAUCCGGCGGAUCAUUCGUACUCGUCGCUUGUGACGCUGGUCGCGAGGCCGCCUUCGCGCGCCUCGUCUCGUGCGCCUGCGCCGGAGGCUACCGCUCAGACCGGAGUCGGGCCAGUGCCGCAAGACCAGCGCAUCAUCUCCGGGACAUGCAGUGGCGACCAGCCGUUGAUUAAUCGGCUGGGCCGGUUCGAGACCUCGUUUGUCCCGGAGGGAACGCUGCUCAUUUGCGAGAACUACGAUUCUCCAGGGAAGAUUGGGGCGGUGGGCAGUCUUCUGGGGCAGGAAGGGGUCAACAUCAACUUUAUGACCGUCGCUCCGGUCUCGAGGAAGUUUGUCUCUGUACCUGACGGAGACUUGAAGCACGAGGCGUUGAUGAUCCUGGGGAUCGACAAGGUGGUGGAGCAGCGAGUGGCCGAUGGGCUCGUCAAGGGGGGAGGAGUGUUGAGCGCGAGUGUUAUUUCUCUGUGA